UGUCCAAAGCCUGUUGUUUGCAAAGCCUAUUCCUGUUCCAGAUGACUGCAUAGAUCCCCGAUGGAAAUGGUUCAAGGAGCAUUAGAUGGAACAUAUAUAGAUGUGACUGUCCCUGAAGAAGAUAAAUCAAGAUACAGAACAAGAAAGGGUAAAAUAUCAACCAACGUCCUAGGCGUAUGCAAUCGAGAUAUGAAUUUUGUGUACGUACUUAGUGGAUGGGAAGGAUCCGCAUCGGAUUCAAGAGUCCUUAGAGAUGCAAUUUCACGUCGUAAUAACCUCAAGAUACCAAUUGGGAAUUAUUAUUUAGUGGAUGCUGGUUAUACUAAUUGCAAGGGGUUUCUAGCACCAUAUAGGCAAACUCGAUACCACGUACAAGAAUGGGCCUAUGGUAGAAAUGCACCUAGAAACUUUCGAGAAUAUUUUAACAAGAAGCACUCUUCAGCUAGGAACAUUAUUGAACGUUGUUUUGGUUUAUUGAAGAAGAGAUGGGCAAUUUUGAGGAGUCCUUGUUUCUACCAAAUCAAGACACAAAAUAAAAUAAUUAUUGCUUGUUGUUUAUUACAAAAUUUUAUUCGGCUUAAUAUGGACUCCAAUCCUGAGGAGGACAUAUCACUUGAGAAUGAGCAAGUGCUUAUUGGAGAGGAGCAUGGUGAUAACCAAGAUGGCGAUGAUGAAAUGAUUGACAGUGUAGAGGGCAGCAAUGAAUGGACUGUUUGACGAGACAACUUAGCACAUGAA